CAACAGCAACCAAGUUCCUCCAGCCAGACCCUCGGACAACGUCCACCAUGAGCAAGUCCUUCUCCUCCCAAUCCGCCCAGUCAGCCUCUUCCUACCGCCGGACCUUCGGCUCCGGUGUUGGAUCCACCCCAGGCAUGUCCUCCAUGUUCUCCCACGGCGGACGCGGCUCCUCCGGCUCGGGCCACAUGUCCUCCAGAGUGUACGAGAUGACCAAGACCUCAGCCCGCCCCAGCUACUCCUCCGGCAGCAUUCGUUCCUCCUCCGGCGGCGCGAUGCGCUCGUACGCCGGGAUGGGUGAGAAGCUGGACUUCAACCUGGCCGACGCCACUAACCGCGACUUCCUGGACACCAGAACCAAUGAGAAGGCAGAGCUGCAACACCUGAACGACCGGUUCGCCAGCUACAUCGAGAAGGUCCGUUUCCUGGAGCAGCAGAACGCUACUCUGGUGGUGGAGAUCGAGAGGAUGAGGGGUCACGAGCCGACCCGCGUGGCCGAGAUGUACGAAGAGGAGAUGAGAGAGCUGAGGCGUCAGGUGGACGGCAUGUCCAAUGACCGAGCCCGCAUGGAGGUGGAGAGAGACAACUUGGCUGACGACCUGCUGAAACUGAAACUCAGACUGCAGGAGGAGAUCCACCAGAAGGAAGAUGCUGAGAACAACCUGUCUGCCUUCAGAGCUGACGUGGACUCUGCCACGCUGGCCAGGCUGGACCUGGAGAGACGCAUUGAGAGCCUACAGGAGGAGAUCACCUUCCUCAAGAAGAUCCACGAGGAGGAGAUCCAUGAGCUGACGAGCCAGAUGCAGGAGACCUCGGUGCAGGUCCAGAUGGAUAUGUCCAAACCAGACCUGACCGCUGCCCUCAGAGACAUCCGUAUGCAGUACGAGGGCAUCGCAGCCAAGAACAUCUCAGAGGCAGAGGACUGGUACAAGUCCAAGGUGACAGACCUGAACCAGGCUGUGAACAAGAACAACGAUGCUCUGAGACAGGCCAAACAGGAGAGCAUGGAGUUCAGACAUCAGAUCCAGUCCUACACCUGUGAGAUCGACUCUCUCAAGGGAACCAACGAGUCUCUGCUGAGGCAGAUGAGGGAGAUGGAGGAUCGUCUGGGAAACGAGGCUGGAGGUUACCAGGACUCCAUCACUCGUCUGGAGGAUGAGAUCGCCAAGAUGAAGGAUGAGAUGGCUCGUCACCUCAGAGAGUACCAGGACCUGCUCAAUGUCAAGAUGGCCUUGGAUAUAGAGAUCGCUACCUACAGGAAGCUACUGGAGGGAGAGGAGAGCAGGUAG